CUUUAAAGAACCUCUGUUAGCACCUUUAAAGAACCUCUGUUAGCACCUUUAAAGAACCUCUGUUAGCACCUUUAAAGAACCUCUAUUAGCACCUAAAAAGAACCUCUGUUAGCACCUUUAAAGAACCUCUGUUAGCACCUUUAAAGAACCUCUAUUAGCACCUUUAAAGAACCUCUAUUAGCACCUAGAAAGAACCUCUGUUAGCACCUUUAAAGAACCUCUGUUAGCAUCAUCAGAGAACCUCUGUUAGCAUUUUUAAAGAACCUCUUUUAGCUCAUUUAAAGAACCUCAAUUAGCGUUGUUCUUCAAAGAACAUCUGUUAGCAUUGUUCUUUAGAGAACCUCUGUUAGCAUCUCUAUAGAACCACAGUUUACUCUGUUGAAGAACCUCAGAUAGCUCUGUUGAAGAACCUCUCGGGAACCAGAUCUUUAAUUGUUACAAUCUAGUACCUGAAUAACCGAGAGAACGGUUCUACAACUGGACGUAUUUUAUCGAGAUGUCGUCGUAAUUUGUGCAAAUUUGUACUAAAUCAGUUUUUUUAGGUCUUUAAGUAGUUUUUUUAAGCUGUUAAACUAAGAUGUUAUUCUGCCCAUGGGUUCCACAGGUUCCACAGGUUCCACAGGUUCUGUACUUGAAAUGUUUUUGAUGACCUCAGUAUGUCAACAGAAUCAAACAGUAGCUCUUUUGUUAGCGGCUAAAAUCCGUGUAAGUUUAAAACGAGUUCACUUUCAUAUGUACGUGUAACGUUUGGAGGGAAUUAUGGGAAGUGUAGUUGUACUGUUGAGGAGCCUCCAGCAGUGUUAGCAGCAGCUUUGGAUGGACACGGAUUGGACCGUUGGAACCGGAGAGACUUUUGCCGGCAAAUGCUCCAUCACAGUCACACAGGGCGAACACGCUCAAAACUCGUCAGACUUCCUGGUUGGAACCAAGAAGACAUUCCGUGUUUUUCCUUCGUGGAUCUUUAACGUUGAGCCGCCAUGUCCGAUAAGACGGCACCACGCUGCCAGCUGAGGCUGGAGUGGAUCCACGGGUACAGAGGUCACCAGUGUCGUAACAACCUGUACUACACCGCCGGAAAGGAGGUGGUGUACUUCGUGGCCGGAGUGGGCGUGGUCUACAACACCCGAGAACACACCCAGAAGUUCUACCUGGGACACAACGAUGACAUCAUCAGUCUGGCGAUGCAUCCAGAUAAGAUCCAGGUGGCGACGGGUCAGGUGGGUAAAGACCCGUUCAUCUGUAUCUGGGACACUUACGCCAUGCAGACCGUCUCCAUCCUGAGAGACGUCCACACACACGGAGUGGCCUGUCUGGCUUUUGACUCUGACGGACAGCGGCUGGCGUCGGUCGGACUGGACGGCAAGAACACACUGUGUGUUUGGGAUUGGAGGAGAGGCCGAGUCCUCGCCACGGCAACUGGACACUCAGACAGAAUCUUUGAUGUGGCCUGGGAUCCGUUCCAGUCCAUCCGUCUGGUCAGCUGUGGAGUCAAACACAUCAAGUUCUGGACCCUGUGUGGGAACUCUCUGACUCCAAAGAGAGGAAUCUUUGGGAAGACCGGAGACCUUCAGACCAUCCUGUGUGUUUCUGCUGCCAAAGACGAGCUGACGUACUCUGGAGCUUUAAAUGGAGACGUUUACGUUUGGAGAGGAAUCAGUCUGAUCAGGACUGUACAGGCUGCACAUGGGGCGGGGAUCUUCAGCAUGCAUUCUUGUGAGGAAGGAUUCGCUACAGGAGGACGAGACGGCUGCAUCCGACUGUGGGACGUCGACUUUAAACCCAUCACCAAGAUUGACCUGAGGGAGGCUGAGCAGGGAUACAAAGUUGUGCUUUCAGGUCUGUCGAUCCGCAGUGUUUGCUGGAAGGCCGACCGGAUCCUGGCGGGAACGCAAGACAGCGAGAUCUUCGAGGUCAUGGUUCGAGACCGGGACAAACCGGUUCUAUUGAUGCAGGGUCACAGCGAGGGCGAGCUGUGGGCACUGGACCUUCACCCCAAACAGCCGGUUGCCGUCACCGGGAGCGACGACCGCUCCGUCAGGCUGUGGAGUCUUCCUGACCACACUCUGCUGGCUCGCUGUAACAUGGAGGAAUCUGUCCGCAGCGUUUCCUUCAACAACGACGGAUCUCAGCUUGCUCUGGGCAUGAAGGACGGAUCCUUCACCGUGCUGCGUGUCAGGGACAUGACUGAGGUCGUGCACAUCAAGGACAGGAAGGAGGUGAUUCAUGAGCUCAAGUUUUCACCGGACGGUUCCUUCUUGGCGGUAGGAUCAAACGAUGGGCUUGUGGACGUCUAUGCCGUCGCCCAGCGAUACAAGAAGGUGGGCGAGUGCAGCCGCUCCACUUCCUUCAUCACCCACCUGGACUGGUCGGUCGACAGCCGCUUCCUGCUGACCAACGACGGCGCCGGAGAGCGGCUCUUCUACAGAAUGCCAGCAGGGAAGCUAGUUCCUAAAGAGGAGGCGAAGGGGAUCCACUGGAUGACGUGGACAGGUGUUGUCGGGACAGAAGUAAACGGCAUCUGGCCCAAAUACUCAAGCAUCACUAACGUGAACUCUGUGGACGCCAACUACAGUAGCGCUGUGCUGGUGACUGGAGACGACCUCGGGCUUGUCAAACUCUUCAGGUUCCCCUGCCUCAAGAAAGGAGCCAAAUUCAAGAAGUACAUUGGUCACUCUGCCCAUGUGACGAAUGUCCGCUGGUCCAACGACCUGCAGUGGGUCGUCAGCACCGGCGGCGCUGACCACGCUGUCUUCCAGUGGAGGUUCCUGCCAGAGGGUGUCAUGAAUGGCGUCCUGGAGCCCCUCCUUCAAGAGGGUUAUGCUGACUCCAACAGUGGAGAGUCGGACUCGGACGUGUCGGACGUCCCGGAGCUCGACUCAGACAUCGAGCAGGAAGCUCAGACCAGCUACGAACGUCAGGUGUAUAAGGAGGACCUGCCUCAGCUGCGGAAGAAGCUGAUUGGUUCCUUGAAGCGGCAGAAAGCUCCAGAGGAGUGUCUUCGGCUGCAGUUUGUCCACGGGUACCGGGGCUUCGACUGUCGGAACAACCUGUUCUACAGUCAGGCCGGGGAGGUGGUGUAUCACGUGGCCGCCGUAGCCGUCGUCUACAACCGGCUGCAGCACAGUCAGAGGUUCUACCUCGGCCACGACGACGACAUCCUGAGCCUAGCCGUCCACCCGCUCAAAGACUACGUGGCCUCCGCACAGGUGGGCAGAGACCCGGCCGUCCACGUCUGGGACAUCCAGACUCUGAAGUGUCUGUCGCUACUCAAGGGACACCAUAGCAGAGGAGUGUGUGCUCUGGAGUUCACAGUGGACGGGAAGAGCUUGAUCUCUGUGGGAAUCGAUGAGUUUCACUCCAUCGUGAUCUGGGACUGGAAGAAAGGAGAGAGAUUGGCCAAGGCCAGGGGUCAUAAAGACAAGAUCUUUGUGGUGAAGAGUAACCCGUUCAGGGUGGACAAACUGGUGACUGUCGGCAUGAAACACAUCAAGUUCUGGCAACAUUCAGGUGGCGGUCUGACGUUUAAACGGGGGAUUUUUGGGAACCUGGGGAAGCAGGAAACGAUGAUGUCGGCGAGUUACGGUCGAUCAGAGGACCUGGUCUUCUCCGGAGCCACCAAUGGAGACGUUUACAUCUGGAGAGACACAACUCUCGUCAAGACCAUCAAAGCCCACGACGGCCCCGUGUUCGCCAUGUGCUCCCUGGACAAGGGUUUUGUGACGGGUGGGAAGGAUGGCAUCGUGGAGCUCUGGGACGACAUGUUUGAGAGAUGUUUGAAGACGUACGCCAUCAAGAGAGCCGCUCUCUCUCCGUCAUCCAAAGGCCUGCUGCUGGAGGACAACCCGUCGAUCAGAGCGAUCACUCUGGGUCAUGGUCACAUCUUGUUGGGAACAAAGAACGGAGAAAUCCUGGAGAUCGACAAGAGUGGACCGAUGACGCUGCUGGUUCAGGGUCACAUGGAGGGGGAGGUGUGGGGUUUGGCAGCUCACCCUUUACUUCCUGUCUGCGCCACCGUCAGUGAUGACAAAACUCUGAGGAUCUGGGAGCUCUCGGCCAAUCACCGCAUGGUCGCCGUCCGCAAACUCAAGAAGGGUGGGCGGUGCUGUGCUUUCUCUCCUGAUGGAAAAGCUCUGGCGGUCGGUCUGAACGAUGGUAGCUUCCUGGUGGUGAACGCCGACACGCUGGAGGACAUGGUGACCUUCCACCACCGCAAGGAGCUCAUCUCAGACAUCCGCUUUUCCCAAGAUGCAGGGAAGUACCUGGCCGUGGCGUCCCAUGAUUCCUUCGUGGACAUCUACAACGUCCUGACCAGUAAGAGAGUUGGUAUCUGUAAAGGAGCUGGCAGCUACAUCACGCACAUCGACUGGGACUCCAGAGGUAAACUGCUGCAGGUGAACACCGGAGCCAAAGAGCAGCUUUUCUUUGAGGCUCCUCGAGGACGCAAACAGAACAUCAGCAUGGCCGAGUUUGAGAAGCUGGACUGGGCGAGCUGGACGUCCGUUCUGGGUCCGACCUGUGAGGGAAUAUGGCCGACGCUCAGCUUCGUCAACGCCGCCUCGCUCACCAAUGAUCGCAAACUGCUUGCCACUGGAGACGACUUUGGCUUCCUGAAACUGUUCAGCUUCCCGUCCAGGGGCCAGUUUGCUAAGUAUAAGAAGUACGUUGGUCACAGCACCAACGUGACGAACGUCCGCUGGUCGAAUGACGACUCCCUGCUGCUGUCAGUGGGCGGGGCUGACACGGCGCUCAUGAUCUGGACCAGAGAGCCGCCGGGCCACAAAGAGAGCAAAGCUGUGGACAGCGAGGAGUCGGACGAUGACACCGAGGAGGACGGAGGGUAUGACAGCGAUGUGGCCCAAGAGAAGGUGGUGGACUACGUCACCAAGAUCUACUCUGCUAGCAUCAGGAACAUGUCAGGAACCAGACCUCACCUGCAGCACAAAGAGCUUCCUGUGGAGGAGAGGCCUCCUGUGAGUCGAGCUGCACCACUGCCUGACAAACUGCUGAGGAACAACAUGACCAAGAAGAAGAAAGUGGUGGAGGAGCUGGUUCUGGAGCACGUCUUUGGCUACAGAGGCUUUGACUGUCGCAACAACCUGCAUUAUCUCAACGACGGUGCUGACAUCAUCUUCCACACCGCUGCUGCUGUGGUCAUCCAGAGCCUGUCCGCCGGAACCCAAACGUUCUACCUGGAACACACCGACGACAUCCUCUGUCUGACUGUCAAUCAACACCCAAAAUACCAAAACAUCAUCGCGACAGGACAGAUCGGUGACAUCACUGACCUGCCAGAGGCUGAAGUGUCUGGUCUUGCUCCAUCCAUUCAUGUGUGGGAUGCCAUGACCAAGCAGACCCUUUCCAUCCUCCGAUGUUCCCACGCUAAAGGUGUCGGCUACGUCAACUUCAGCGCUACAGGAAAGCUGCUGCUCUCUGUUGGAGUGGAGCCUGAACACACCAUCACAGUGUGGAGGUGGCAGGAAGGCACCAAGGUGACCAGUAAAGGUGGCCAUGCUGAGCGGAUAUUCGUGGUGGAGUUCAGACCGGACUCUGACACCCAGUUUGUGUCGGUGGGAAUCAAACAUAUCAAGUUCUGGACUCUGGUUGGAGGUUCGCUCGUGUACAAGAAGGGAGUGAUUGGCUCUGUGGAGGACGGCCGCAUGCAGACCAUGCUGUCUGUUGCCUUUGGUGCUAACAACCUGACAUUCACUGGCGCUAUAAAUGGAGACGUGUAUGUAUGGAGGGAACACUUCCUGGUACGAGUGGUGGCAAAGGCGCACAGUGGUCCCGUCUUCACCAUGUACACAACCCUGAGGGAUGGACUCAUCGUCACUGGGGGGAAGGAACGGCCGACUAAAGAGGGCGGAGCUGUGAAGCUUUGGGAUCAGGAGAUGAAGCGCUGCAGAGCUUUUCAGCUGGAAACCGGCCAAUCGGUAGAGAACGUCCGAUCCGUCUGCAGAGGGAAGGGUAAAAUCCUGGUAGGAACCAAAGAUGGAGAAAUAAUAGAGGUAGGAGAAAAGAAUGCUGCCUCCAACACCAUGAUCAACGGACACACUCAGGGAGGAAUCUGGGGUUUGGCGACUCACCCUUUCAAAGACGUCUUCAUCUCCGCCAGCGAUGACGGGACCAUCCGAAUAUGGGACCUGGCUGAUAAGAAACUUCUGAACAAGGUGAGUUUGGGUCAUCCAGCCAAGUGCACCUCCUACAGUCCCAACGGAGAGAUGGUUUCCAUCGGUAUGGAGAACGGAGAGUUCAUUAUCCUGCUGGUCAACUCCCUCACUGUCUGGGGCAAGAAGAGAGACCGCAGUGUCGCCAUCCAAGACAUACGGUUCAGUCCAGACAACCGGUUCUUGGCGGUGGGUUCAGUUGAAAGUGCUGUGGAUUUCUACGACCUUUCUUUGGGACCAUCCCUUAACAGGAUUGGCUACUGUAAGGACAUCCCUGGCUUCAUCAUCCAAAUCGACUUCUCUGCUGACAGCAAACACAUCCAGGUGUCCACCAGCACCUACACUCGACAGGUGCAUGAAGUUCCCUCGGGGAAGAUUGUCACAGAGCAGUCUGUAUUUGAGAGGAUCACCUGGGCUACCUGGACCAGCAUCCUGGGUGACGAGGUUCUUGGCGUUUGGCCUCGCAACGCAGAGAAAGCGGAUGUCAACUGUGCUUGUGUUUCCCACGCCGGCCUCAACCUGGUGACCGGAGACGACUUCGGCCUCAUCAAGCUCUUCGAUUUUCCAUGCUCAGAAAAAUUUGCAAAACACAAGCGUUACUUCGGUCACUCUGCUCACGUGACAAACAUUCGCUUCUCCUGUGAUGAUAAGUUCGUCAUCAGCGCUGGUGGCAGUGACUGCAGUUUAUUCGUGUGGAAAUGUCAGUGAGUCCUCCUGUGAUGCUGCACUCACCUGUGCUGACGCUCCGGCCCCUUUACCUGAACUCUCACGGGACAGGAAGUCUGAAAACAAACGACACAACUGCUGCUGAUAGACUCGCACCACGUGGGAUCAAACCUGUGACGUUUCUGCUGCGGGCGGCGCUCUGUUCGCCUGCCGACAGUCCAAACUUUUUAUUGUGAUGUAGUUCUUCUUGUACAUUCGGAUGCAUUUUAUGUGAAGCUGAAGAGCAACCAAAUAUUUCAGGUCUCUGUGUUCAAAUCUUUUUGUUGUUACGUUUGUGAAAAAUUAUCCAAAAACAUAAAAAGUAUGGAAGCUCAUUUCUGCCAAUGUGAUGGGAAGAAAGGAUUCUGUUAUAAAGACAAACUUAACAAGAUAUCUCAAAAUACGACUCAAGUUUAGUUACAGUUCCUCUUUAAUCACUCACAAUCCAGAAAUGAGCGUCCGCAGUAAAGUGCAGUUUCUGUUAUCGGCUCUGUGAAAGAACUCGUAGCUGUUUGAUGUAGCGGUGUUUGUCAGUAUGUGCCUUUCUCACUAACUCUGACCAAACAUUUGAUACCAGUUCAUUUUUAAUUGUGGUGCUAUGAGACGUGAUCAUUUAGGGCUUUUCACACAUACUCUGAGUACUGUUGUUGUUUGGUUUGUAUCCGUCGGACGACGACGACGAUGUAGAAAACAAAAGAGGAAAGAUGGAUCUUUGUUUGAUCCCAGCUGUUUGUUUAAAUAAGCAAAAUAAUUCUACCUCAAAAUAGUGAAACUAAAUAAUGUUUAAGGUAGAAAAUAAGUAUUUAGUAGAAUUCAUUUUUGAUUGAGGAAUCAUGACGGAGUGGACGACGACGUUUCAACCUUUUCUGUCCACAAGAUGGCGCCAUGUUGUUAUUUGUGUCCUGUAGAAAUAAAACUGAAGAAGAAACUGAA